AUGAAGUUUACCAAUGCAUGGACAAACCCGGAUGGUGGCAACACCCAUGUCGACAUUGGCAACAGGAAGGUUACCUAUGGCUACACCCCGCCCUGGUACGCCUUUGACAAGAUCAAGGAGGAAUGCCCUUCGAAUGGGUGCAACAGUGAGAACAAGAUCGAGUACGCGACCGGUGUCAUCCAAAACGGAGAGAUGAGGCCCGCCACAAUUACUCUCGCUGUUGAGGGUAGCUUCAACGGUGUUGGAGAACAAGGAAGCAGAGAUGACCUGGUUGAAAUCGUCAAGGCUGUUUCUGGUGCCUCUCAAUACGAUUUUGAGCAAGCUGGGAAAAAGGAGUAUGCUGACCAAUACACCGCGACUGAUCUCAUUGUUAUCCGAGUUGAGAAUGAAGACGGUGGCCUCCUUGUAGACAUGCCUGUUGGUAUCAAGGUUGACAUUGACGAUGGUGGUGAGGGUGUCUGCGACACUAUCAUGUCGGUUGGCGGUGCCAUUGCCGGUGAUAUCAAUGGUCUGGCUGGCGGAGUUUUUUCCUUGGCCGCGUUGGCUUGUGCUUAG